GAACGCUCUUCUUCUUUUGUUAAUUCUUGCGUUGACAUUAUGCACUGAAGUUUUCGCUCAACCUCACACUCUCGUAGCACCCAUCCUCCCAUAUACAGGCACAACCACUUCUCUCUACAGCAUCAUGCUCAACGGUGGGGAACAUUAUAUCAUUGAUCUCGACGCUCCUUUCACCUGGUGCCAAUGCCAAUCCCCUCAAUCUACGGUCGGUUGUAACUCAGGCGCAUGCGCCGUUGCUCGGAGCUACAUCCCUCCCUCAUGUCCCGCAAAUAACACGUUUACAGAUGGUCAGUGUUACUGCAACGAUGCGCCCGUGAACCCGAUCACCAAGUCUUGUGCUCCAUCGCAAGCGACCUACAAAGAUAUCGUCAUAUAUUGGACAGAUGGGAGAUCUGUCACGACAGUUCGCACUUUGCCUCCCGAGCUCGAUUGAAGCUCGUGGGGCGAUAUUCUUUGGCGAUGGUCCGUACUAUCUACCAUGCCACCGUGAUCCUUCGACAGACUUUGAUGUGGCAAAAGUACUCACCUACACUCCUUUGCAAGACGAUCGGACGUCGCUAGGAUAUUUUAUCAACCUUACUGGCAUAUCGAUCAAUGGGAAGGACAUGCAUGUUCCACAGAACAGCUUCAAUUGCAAUCAGAGCGUGAAGCUUAGUACUAUUGUACCAUACACUACACUGAAGAGCAACAUUUACAAGACUUUCAUUAGGGGUUUUAAGAAGGCUGCCAAAGGCAUCAAUCAAGUGCCCAAAGUGGAGCCGUUUCGUUUGUGCUUCACUGUAGGAACGAGCACCAACGGGCUAGUCAUUCCCCAGAUCGAUCUUCUGCUAGGAAAUGGAGAGAAAUGGACCAUCUACCCAUCAAACUCGAUAAAGCAAGUCGAUGACAACAUUGCGUGCUUGGCUUUCAUCGACGGAGGGAAAACCGCGGAGCAAGCUGUCGUCAUUGGGACAUUUCAAAUGGAGGAUAACUUGCUUCAAUUUGAUUUGGAUCAGUCAAGAUUGGGUUUCAGCUCUUCCUUGUAUCCUUACGGGACUACAUGUGGCGGCUUCAAUUUCACGGUUUGAGGCAUUGCUUAAGCUACUCUUUCUUGAUGAAUGUUACGAUGUUGACUUUGUUAAAAGAAAGUUCCAUAAACUUGUUUGUGUAAAAUAAAGCAUGCCCAAAAUAAA